AUGACUUCUGUCGUCAAUCCUGAUGCAGGUUUGUCGAUGGUGAGUCAUGAGUCUGGGUAUCCUUAUCCACCAACAGUGCCUCCAUCAUUUUUAAGCGGAGCUCUUACUUGCCAGCCCUACCGUGGAAUUUAUGUUAAUCACAUCUACUUUCAACUAGCAAAUGCAUUUUUCUUAUUGUCGCAUUUAGCUCCAAGUGGUAUACACGGUGUAUUAUAUUUGAGAUGCACAUUAUUAAUUGGUUGUGCAUUUCUCGCGCUAUGGGGAUGGACCAUAGUCUGCUGGCUGGAUGCUGCCAUGUGGAAUGGUCUCUUUGUAGCCAUUAAUUUUGUCCAUGUUUGCACUUUACUUUAUCGUUUGAGACCUAUUAAAUUUUCAAAGGAAGUUGAAGAGGUUUAUGCAGCAGUAUUCCAACCAUUACGAGUAUCGAGACAUCAAUUUAAAAAAGUAUUGAAUUGUAUGAAAGCCAUCAGACCUUUAAAGUAUCAAGAAGUUUAUGCACAAGAAAAAUCAACUAAAGUUGAUUCACUGUCUUUAGUACUAUCGGGAAAACUUGUUGUAUCACAAAAUGGUAGAGCACUUCACAUUGUCUUCCCUCAUCAAUUUCUCGACUCACCUGAAUGGUUUGGAGUAUCAACAGAUGAAUAUUUUCAAGUAUCAAUAACGGCAAUGGAAGACUCUAGAAUAUUACUUUGGCAUAGAGAUAAAUUAAAACUGAGUAUAAUGACAGAUCAAUUUUUACAAGCAGUUUUUGAUCAUAUACUAGGUAGAGAUGUUGUAAGUGAAACAAUGGCAGCUGGUAAUCAUCAACACCAAAACGGUCAAGUCGUUGGACUAGGCGGAGUUGGAAAUAUAGAAAACGAUUCCGAUACUAAAUUGUUUGUUGUCAAAAAGUCCGACAAUCACGGAAUCACGGCCCUUAUAAGUCGUCAACUUCAAGCUGCUGGAGAUCCAAACGCUUGGAGAUUGGGAAGAAUUGAAGAGACUGAUCAUGAAACACCUGUCUAA